GCAUGGAGUGGAACCCGGACGGGGCGGCCGGCGAGCACGACUGCGCCAAGGGCCCCGACGCCGCGCUCGUGAGGAGCCUCGCGCAGGAACGCCGGUGGAAACAGUGCCCGAGCUGCAGGAUGAUCGUCGAGAGGAGCUACGGAUGCAAUCGAAUGACAUGCAGGUGCGGCUUCGUCUUCUGCUACCAGUGCGGGCGCCCCAUGAACAGGGGGCAGCCGGGGGUGGCAGGCCUGCUGGAGCCAUGCCGGUGCCUCGACGCCGGGCUCGCGUUCGCCUUCGCGCACCACCACCAGGCCCACCACAUCGAGCUGGACGUGCCGCCGCCGCCCCUGCUCGAGCACGAGGAGGCGGCGGCGGUGGAGGCUGCCGUCGCCAUGAACAUGCUGCCGGUGUGGGACGCAGAGCCGGAGCCGCGCGUCCCCGCAGACGGGCCGCGCCGCCGGCUGGAGGAGGACGACGGCAUUCACCAGCCCGGCCCUCAAGAUGACCCAGACGUGGAAAUGGAAAACUUCUUUUACUAGUUGGCUUGGUUGGAUCGGUUGUGUCUCUGAAUGCACAGGGGGAUUGAACGGUGACAUGCAUGGCCGAGGGUUCUUCAUCUCUCUGGUACAUGAUGGCAAUGUCUGUUUCCUUCCCGAUUGGGAUUUGAUGAAUUUUAUACAAGUUUGGAUGAUUGGAUUUGGCUGAGAA